CCCAUCUUUCAUCCUUGCAUUCAGAACAAUCUAGAUCUCCUCUUACCCCAUUACUUCAUCACUUCUUCCCUCACUCCCUUAUCUCUGUUCUCACUGCAACAUUCCUGACACAGUUCUUUUUUGCCUUUCCCCGCAUUGUCGCCAUGCCCGUCUCCUCACUCUACCCGUCGGUGGAAAUACCCAACGUCGAUAUUUGGACUUUUCUCUUCGAGCGCAAAGACCGAGAGUAUCCGGAUGAUAAAGUAAUCUACGAGGAUGCCGAUACCAAACGAACCUACACUUACCAGGGUGUCCGAGAUACCGCACUGGCCUUCGGACAAGGUCUCAAGGCCAUGUUCGAUUGGCGCAAGGGAGAUGUCCUAGCUCUAUUCACCCCUAAUAGCAUCGACACCCCGGCAGUGACAUGGGGAACGCACUGGGCGGGCGGAGUUGUUUCUCCGUCCAACCCAGCUUACACAGCAGAAGAAUUGGCCUUCCAGUUGAAGAACUCGGGCGCGAAAGGGCUGGUGACACAAUAUCAUCUGCUUUCGGUUGCAACAAUCGCGGCCCAGGAAGCGGGGAUCCCCCACGACAGGAUCAUCCUGAUCGGCGACGAGCGCGACCCGCAAGCAAAGUUCAAACACUUCACCUCCAUUCGCAACCUGUCCGGCGCAACUCGAUACCGGAAAACAAAGAUCGACCCCUCCCACGACCUUGCCUUCCUGGUCUACUCCUCCGGUACCACGGGUGUUCCCAAGGGCGUGAUGCUCUCCCAUCGCAACAUCGUCGCCAACGUUCUGCAGCUUUCAUCCGGCGAGGCCGGCAAUUUGACAUGGAAUGGGGUCGACGGCCGGGGUGACCGUGUCCUUGCCUUUUUGCCAUUCUUCCACAUCUACGGUCUCACCUGCCUCGUCCACCAAACCCUUUACAAAGGCCUCCACCUCGUGGUCAUGCAGAAAUUCGACCUCGAGAAAUGGUGCGCCCACGUCCAGAACUACCGCAUCACAUUCAGCUAUGUGGUGCCCCCGGUCGUCCUCCUGCUCGGCAAACACCCGAUUGUGGACAAGUACGACCUCUCCAGCCUGCGCAUGAUGAACUCGGGCGCCGCCCCAUUAACUCAGGAACUGGUGGAAGCCGUCUACGCGCGCAUCAAGUGCGGGAUCAAACAGGGCUACGGCCUGAGUGAGACGAGCCCCACGACCCACACGCAGCCCUGGGAGGAGUGGCGCACCAGCAUCGGCGCCGUGGGAAAACUCCUCCCGAACCUCGAGGCCAAGUACAUGACGAUGCCGGAGGACGGCUCGGAGCCGCAGGAGGUGCCCGCCGGCGCGGUCGGGGAGCUGUACAUGCGCGGGCCCAACGUCUUCCUGGGCUACCACAACAACCCGGCCGCCACGGCGGACUGCCUCUCGGCCGAUGGCUGGUUCCGCACCGGUGAUGUCGGGUACCAGGACCAGAAGGGGAACUUCUACAUCACCGACCGCGUCAAGGAGCUGAUCAAGUACAAGGGGUUCCAGGUGGCGCCCGCGGAGCUGGAGGGGUUCCUCGUAGACAACGAGGCGGUCGACGAUGUCGCCGUCAUCGGGAUCGAGAGCGAAGCCCAUGGCAGCGAGGUGCCCCUCGCGUAUGUGGUCCGGAGCGCGAAGAGCCUUGCCUCUGGGGUGUCGGCGGACGAGGAGGCUGCGAAUAUCAUCCAGUGGUUGGAUGGCAAUGUCGCCUAUCACAAGCGCCUGCGCGGCGGCGUGCGCUUCGUGGAGGAGAUUCCGAAGAGUGCAAGCGGGAAGAUCCUGCGGCGGUUGUUGAAGAAGCAAGCGAAAGAAGAGGGGAUUGGUGCAGGCGCGCCGGCACCCAAAGCGAAGUUGUGAGGUGGUUGGAAGUUUUCAUGACGUAUGAGUUCGUUUGGUUUCCUUCUUUUUGCGGGCGUGCUUGGGCGGUCUUGUGUAGAUAGACUCUGUUGUGG